CGCAGCGCAGCUGGACCCAGUCUGCGCCGGAGCCUGGCUCGGUGACGCCCGCAGGCGCCAUGUCCGGCCGCGGCAAGAGCGGCGGCAAGGCCCGCGCCAAAGCCAAGUCGCGCUCGUCGCGCGCGGGGCUGCAAUUCCCCGUGGGCCGCGUGCACCGCCUGCUGCGGCGCGGGCACUACGCGGAGCGCGUGGGCGCCGGCGCGCCCGUCUACCUGGCGGCCGUGCUGGAGUACCUGACGGCAGAAAUCCUGGAGCUGGCGGGCAACGCGGCGCGCGACAACAAGAAGACGCGCAUCAUCCCGCGGCACCUGCAGCUGGCCGUGCGCAACGACGAGGAGCUCAACAAGCUGCUGGGCGGCGUCACCAUCGCGCAGGGCGGCGUGCUGCCCAACAUCCAGGCCGUGCUGCUGCCCAAGAAGGCGGGCGGCGGCCCGGCCAAGGCCGGCAAGAAGAGCGGCGCCCAGCAGUCGCAGGAGUACUAGCGCUCCCGCUCCUCACCCCCCACAACGGCCCUUUUCAGGGCCACCCACCCGGCCGGAGAAAGAGCUGCGGAUCCGCGGGGGGACCUGCCCCGUUACGCGCGGUUCGGCGGGGCCGCGACGCGUGGUAACGUCGCCGGAGCUUGGCGCAAAAGCUUUGCUCAAAGCAGGUUUCGGGGCCGCGCUGCAGCCGCUUGCGACCGCCCCAGGCGGCGGGAGGGCGGAAAGGAAUCGCUCUGCCCGCGGCCACAGGCCAGCACUGAGCGCCCGGACCACGGGGUGCUGUCGGCUCGGGGUCGGGGCCGCGACUGCCGUGAAAAACGCCCACAACUUGCUUUCCUUUGUCUGUUCAUGUUGCCAAGAAGAAAGCUCACACCCCCCAGGAGCCUUUGUCUUGAGUGGCCAGCUGGAAAACAUCUCUAAGCCUAGCUCAAUUUCUGCAGUGAGCAACAUUUGUCCUCUAUGACAAAGAUGCGGUACCCAGGAGCCUCACUGUUCCCGCGUCCCCCAGCCGGAGCAAAUUCUAGGUAUGGCUACAGGCUCCAUUGGCAGAACAGCCCCCAUUAGACUGACUGCAGCCAAACUCCAGGCUUCACCUCUGCACGUGGCAGAUGUCAGAUAUUCUCUUCUCUAACAGCGUACAGUGAAGAAGCAGCCUGCUAAAAAAACAAAGCCACUCAUAUAGCAGUUUUCAGUGUAAUAAGGAUCAUCUUACAGGAUUUCCUGGGCUUAUCUGUUUCUAUUGAUUGGAUUUAGGCAAGGAAGUCAAACUUGUUCUGCUCUAAAGAGAAUCCAGGAUAAGCCUCACAUUCAGCUUCUCCCUUAAUUUGUAUAGCACUUAUCACCAUUCCAAGCUUCUUCUUAUAUUCUUCUGUUACCUGAAAACAGUACAGAGUGUGUUCUUUGUAUAUAGAGGCUUGCCCUACUGGUUGAUUAAACUCCCAUUUUGUAUAUGC